AUGUCUCUACUUACAAGUUAUGAGGGGCUUCGGCAUCAGAUAGAGAGGUUGGUGCGGGAAAAUGAGGAACUGAAGAAGCUGGUACGGCUCAUUCGGGAGAAUCACGAGCUCAAGUCUGCGAUCAAGACUCAGGCAGGUGGCCUUGGCAUCAGCGGGUUCACCAGCGGGCUUGGUGAGGCAGCAGCAGGCCCUUCCCAACACCAGGGUGUAUUCCUGCCCCCAUCCCCAGCAGCAGCCGUAGCAGCAGCCGCCGCCGCCGCAACAAAGGAGCCAGGCGUAGAAGACAUGGGAAUGGUGGCCCUGACCCCUCUGGCUGACAUGCUGAACAGCUCACAGCUCAGUUCUGCAGCAGGCUCCCUUAUGAACCCCCUGGUGUCCCCUCUCAACUCACUGCUAUCUGGCCAAAUGCCCUUGUCACAGAACAGUCACUCUCUGGGAUUACCCACAACUGGACCCCUGAGCAGUCACUUGGCUAGUCCCAUUACUGUACCCCCUGGGUCCACUCUGGCCAGCUCACUGGGCCUGACCUCAACUGGCUCCCUGACAACAAGCAGCCGGCUGGCAGGCCCAGUAGCUGUAUCUCAGAGCAGCCCCCUCAUGGCUCCCCUGGCAGGCACAGUGGCAGUCUCUCUGAGCAGCCCCCUGCUCUCCUCCACGGCUACCCCUCUAGGUGUUUCUCAGAACAUACUGCCCAGCCCCAUAAGCAACCUAGGGUUGUCAGAGGCCCCAAGGGUGCGGUUGGCAGAGCCACCUCGAGGAAACCUCUCAGGAGCCUCAACAGGUGCAGGGCCAAUCGCCACCUCAAAAGUCACCGGUGAGCACCCCCAGCCGACCCAGGACUCAGAGCCCCUCAACAUGUUUGUGGGUGCACCCCUUCAGACCUCCACUCCCAUGGCCACAUCCAGUCCCACAACAAAUUUUUAUGCUACCUCAGAUACUCGGAUCCAGACCGGUGUUCUCCAGGGACAAAUGACCCUCACUUCUGUCCCAAACUCCCCAACAGCCUCUUCUGCUUGCACAGUCUCCAACUCCACCCCGACACCUGCCCCCCAAAGUGCUGGAAACUAUUCCCCUUCAAAAAACUCCCACUCCAACUCCACCACCAGGGUGCACCAAUCCCCUACCCGGCCUGUGCCCACCCCACAUUCUCCUCCACGCAACCCCCAGUCCCCGCCCCGCACCUCAUCCUCUCCGGCUUCAGUCAAUGAAACCCGGGGUUCACGCACCAUGGAACAGUCCCGGAAGAGUGUCCUGGAGAUGGAGCGGAAAAUGGCCCACCGCAAGGCUAACAAGUUCCCUGACAGUUCCCGAGACUCAAAGCAACUAGCCUGGGAGAGGCUAGUCGGGGAGAUAGCUUUCCAGUUAGACCGAAGAAUCCUGUCCAGCAUCUUCCCAGAGCGUGUGCGUCUCUAUGGCUUCACUGUCUCCAACAUUCCAGAGAAGAUCAUCCAGGCCUCCCUAAACCCCAGUAACCACAAGCUGGAUGAGGACCUAUGCCAGACACUCACACAGCGCUAUGUGAGCAUCAUGAACAGGCUGCAGAGUCUGGGCUACAAUGGACGGGUGCACCCAGCACUGACAGAACAGUUGGUGAAUGCGUAUGGCAUCUUGCGUGAACGGCCUGAGCUGGCAGCAUCUGAAGGUGGCUCCUACACUGUGGACUUCCUGCAGCGUGUGCUGGUGGAGACUGUGCACCCCAGCAUGCUCACCGAUGCUCUCCUGCUGCUCUCCUGCCUUAACCAGCUGGCCCAUGAUGAUGGCAAACCCAUGUUCAUCUGGUAA